AUGGACGAGGGCAGGGAUCAGGGAGGACCAACUGGACAGCAGGGCGGUAGUGACAUCCCAUCAAUAAAUCCACCUUGCUUCCUCAUCAGUAUGUCAGAUACCAAUUGCCCAACAGGCGGAGUGAGUGGAGAGGGGACAUUCAUUCACUUUGGGAUCAAUAUGGAUCGAGAGAGAUACCAGGAGAUUACUUGGCCAAUAGUUGUAGAGAAAAGAGCCUGGUUAAUACGUGCUACUGUUCAUAACACUUAUAUAUUGACACUAUUUCUCAAUUCAAUAGAUGAUUAUAUGUCCAGUAUGUAA